CGCGGCGGCGCUUCACGCGAUGGCGCCGCGGCAUGGCGGCGACAAGCAAUUGCAGACAACUUUGAGUUUGUGAUAGUCCUCCAUCUUUGAUAGCCGUAAGCCAUCUGUGACGUUUGGCGGUGCUGAAACAUUGUUUUGAGCACUGCAGGCAAGCGGCGGUCCGCGCUAUAGCCGGCGACCGACAGCUGGUCUUUUUUCCAAAAGCAGCAAAACCCGCUCUCCAAAUAAGACCAUCAUCAUCACUUCCCCGCGGUCGCCGCAAGGUUCAGGAGGCGUCUAGGGUCGCAGCUGAAGGGUAGCGUAGUUGCCCACCACAAUAUCAUGGAACCGUAUCGACGGCGUCGGCGGUGUCUAUUGUCUUCACCAACGACGUCCAGCGUCCCGCCCGCGUCGAAGCCGGCCUCGCACGAGCUGCCCUGCCCGCCUGCCUCGUCGGCGAGCGUCGAUGGCGUCGGCCGCGACGGAGUUCGUCGCCCGGCAGAAGAACGCUGCGGCCGUCUAACACAGGUUGUCCGCCAGCUACAACACACGCAUCCUCUGUCGUCCCAGAAGGAGAAGGCAUGCCGUAUAGUUACAAACCACCAUCAGAUCGAUAGUUCCCCCCAAAGGGUUAGCCGGUUCACUUCCACACGACACGUCUCCCAGAUCCUCAAACGAACUGUUUUCCACCAGUCGUAGCCUUUGCUGUAUAGCUCUUCACAUGUUUCCGCACAGUCAGGUGCCCGCCUACAGGUCGCGCGCAGCUUGCACGCACGAACCGUUAGCAGAUCCCCUCCUUGGCGCCAAUGGUUGAUCCGCAAACGCAGCACCACGGUGCCCGGUUGUACUGCACGAGUUAGUCCAGCAAUCUUAGCGUGAGGUACGCGGUCAUCCUCAGAAGGUCGACCGCGCAGUCGGGUUCCCACCGGUAGGUCGGCGGGUGAAUAUAGAGUGCGGCGACACCGUGGUCCUCAAAAGGUCCACGGCGCCGUCGGGUUCCCGCCGGUAGGUCGGCGGGUGAGUAGAGUGCGGCGGCGCGCAGGUCGGCGGGUCGGCUCCUCUGUCGGCUCGGGCAGCAGCUUCACCAAGACCUGCCGGACUGCGGUGUUUCAAUUCGACGCCAUCGCGUUCGGUGCAAACGUCGCCACGUCUACCUCACGCUCCAUCGUGCUUCUAACAUGAAGCGGACCGU